GUUUUCUACCGUGUUUUAAUGUCGGAAUACAGUCCCGCAAAUUGCCAACUGAUUUAUUGUAAUAAACAGACCGCUUAAAAUAGACGCUUGCACGUCUGUGCAAGAGAAAUCCCCCUAUCGAUUAGAACGAUCUUCUCUCAUCUACUAUUUUAAACCUAAUUCGAUUUACACAAAACAACAUUUUAAUUUCCAUAACAUAAAUUUAAAAAUUGCCACGUAUUUCCCAUUAUAUUAUAUUCACGUAUUUAGCUAAUCCGACAAGUCGCGCCUUAAAAAAACAAUUUGGCCCAGCGAACAACGGUCACCACGGACUAACUUUAGCAUUAGUCACGCAAACAGUGGGAACGCGGCCCUUUUUUUUUUUGCUCUGUAUUUAAAUAGACACAUAAACGAUAAAGGGGGGGACAUAUUCGACGUAUUUUCUAAUAACGAAACCCCCCAAAACAUUUCGAGGAUCCUUUCCAACAGCAAAUUGAAAAUGAUUAACUCUUUGCCAUGUUUCGAAUGCCCCCUGCCGGACCACUGAAACAUGGGCAAAAAGGGGAGCUUUGGUAAUUUAAAACCCUAAUUCAAAAUAAAUAUUUCCACACAACAGCAUUAAUCCACAUAUUAUGUACUAUAAAUUCAGAAAUUGCCGUUUAAGACUAAACUCAUUUAGGAAAAUAAACGUAUUCCUUAGACGUGUGAUGGAAUAGCUGCGUCGUCUCCCCCAAAAUCCGUUUGGAAUGGUUCGCCCCAAGGGUUACAGGAAGUUGUAGCAGCUGCCAUGUUUAGCUGCUUUGUUGUAGAUUUCUUGUAGGUUUCCUGCAGAUUUUUUUUUAAGUGUUGCAAUGGAACCGAGCUGGAGUACAUUUUUAUUUCAGGCUAACGAAGCGUUGCAUCACCAGCACCAGGUGGCGCAGAACAGCCUGCUGCCGCUCUUGAACUCCGGGGCGGACCAGCAGGACCAGAAGCCAGUGCUGCCCAUCCCCCUGGACCAGAAGCCCCCGGCGAGCGCGGCCGAGCUCCUCAAGGACAAUGUGGCCAGCGGGACGGGCGGCGGGACGGGAGCAGGCGGGGGAGGCGGCGGCGGCGGCGGGGGAGGCGGGGGCACCGGCGCCGGAGGGGGCGGCCCAGUGCCGGUGGUGAAAAAGGAGCAGAAAACCAAAACGCCCUUCAUCUGCGGCUACUGCAACAAAGCCUUCAGGGACAGCUACCACCUGCGGCGGCACGAGUCGUGCCACACGGGCGUCAAGAUGGUGUCGAGGCCAAAGAAGACGGCGCAGACGGCGCCCACCAUGGUGCCGCUCAUCUCCACCGUGCCCCGCGAGAACAGCACCAACCCCUCCUACGUCUCCACCAUCGCCGGCAUCCUCACCACCGCCACCACCUCGGUCUCCACGGGCUCCAGCAUCAUGUCGCCCACCUCCAUGCCCAACGUGCAGCAGGCCCAGCAGCAGCAGCAGCAAGCCCAGCAGCAGCAGCAGCAGGCCCAGCAGCAGGCCGCCCCCAAGAAGCCCGCCAAGCCGGUCAAGAAGAACCACGGCUGCGAGAUGUGCGGCAAGGCCUUCCGCGACGUCUACCACCUGAACCGGCACAAGCUGUCCCACUCGGACGAGAAGCCCUUCGAGUGCCCCAUCUGCCAGCAGCGCUUCAAGCGCAAGGACCGCAUGACCUACCACGUGCGCUCCCACGAGGGAGGAAUCAACAAGCCCUACAUCUGCUCUGUGUGCGGGAAGGGUUUCUCCAGGCCUGAUCAUCUAAGCUGUCAUGUGAAACAUGUUCAUUCCACAGAAAGACCCUUCAAAUGCCAAGUUACAGCCUGCACAGCUGCUUUCGCUACCAAAGACAGACUGCGCUCGCACAUGAUUCGACAUGAAGGGAAAGUGACCUGCAAUAUCUGUGGCAAGAUGCUCAGCGCAGCGUACAUCACCAGCCAUCUAAAGACGCAUGGGCAAACCAACUUCAACACUUCCUGCAACAAAGGGCUAGGGGCCUGGCAGUGGAGCACCACAGGGGGACACAAAGACACUAGCGAGGUGUGCAACUCGGCCUCGGCGACGCCCGUCACGGCCUCCGCCCCCAUCACCACGGCGAUGAACCGCGGCAACAACAUCAGCAGCAACCCCGUCACCAUCGCGGCGCAAAUGAACAUUACGACCAACACGGUCAACAUCACCUCGCCCGUCAACAUCCCGCACCCGGUGACCAUCACCGCCCCGGUCAACAUCGCCUCGGUCAACAUCCCCGCCACCGCGCCCAUGAAUAUCGCCCACCCUGUGGCCAUCACCACGCCCAUGCCCAUCUCCACUGCCAUGAAUAUAACGGGCCCCCUCAACAUAGCCAUGCGGCCCAUGGAGAGCAUGCCCUUCCUCUCCCAAGUCCUGCCUUCCUCCCCGCCCUGGUAAAACGCCCCAUCAUCAUCAUCAUCAUCAUCAUCAUCACCCCCCAGAGCCCCAUCCGAGUCCUCCACCCAGAUAUUAACGUUUACUUAGUACCGAGGGACAAGGAGGAAGGUCGAUCCUUUGCUUGGCUGCAGCACGACUGCAUUUUUGCGUAAAAGAAUGAAAUAAUGAAUUCUGUAGGAGUUAGUUAGGGAUUUUUGUUUUGGUUUUGUUUUUUUCCCUCUCUCUGAAGGACUUGUGGGCCCCUCCCCUCCUCUCCUGCCCCUACCCCACCCCACCCUGCCCCGAGUCUGUGCGUCAAGCGGCGCGACGUUGCAGUUUGCGAAGAAAAGCCGCGAGUCUCCGCUUUUAGCAUCUCAAUACCCGGACUUUUCUUUUUGGGGUUGGAAAAGGAAAAAAAAAUAGAGAGAAAGACACAUUGCAAUAAGUGUGCAUUUGCUGGUUUCCAGACUACACGGAGCAGUGUUUUCUUUUUUUAGUAGUUUUUUUUUAACUAUAGCCUGCUAAUCAGUAUUUAAUAAUGUUUUAAGCGUUUUUUUUUAAAAAAGAUAAAAGGGACAAAGGCUUCUAAUGGGAGGGAAGAAGAUUUUAACUGUCAAGCAUGAAAACUUUUAAAUAUACGAGAGAAAUUCUGCGAUGAAGGUACAGUCGUUGUACCUUAGUUGCCUAUGAUAAUUAAUUAUUUUGGAACACCAACAACUGUAGCUAUAUUUUUAUUUUUCUAAAGAGUACAAUUCUGGUAACGGUCGAAGGUGAUUGCUUUUCAGAAUUGUCUAAUUAGUAGUACAAAUGAAAAAAAUAUUUGGGAUAGCGCGAAUGUGCUCCCUUUACAUAUUUGUAAAUGGACGUUGGUCUUUUUACAGGAAUUGAUCGAGGAAUAAGAGUCUUGCACUGAACGCAUAUCCCAUGUGUAAUUUUUCUGAGAACAGCAGUAUUAUCAAAGAUCAAAUUCUGAGUGUUCACUUGUUAGGUAACAAGUCUUUGCUGUAGAUUACAGUGCCAUCUAGUGGCUAGAAUUCAAUCUUGCUGAGAGGUUGCUCCCAAAGUUCACCUGUUUUCAUCAACAUGUCGGUGAUGGAUUGUAGAGAUUUGCUAGUUAUUUUAUACCCUUGUUUUAUUUGAUUUUAUUUUUUUAAUUUGAGGACCCUGCUAGUAUGGACCUUACACUCAGGAACUUUGCUGAGAGUAGCCCUGUAAUCUGGUUGUCUAAAAUGUCUAACACGUAACUUUAUCUUGGACUUUUUAACGUUACUUUGUAAAUAUUUAACACCAUAUACUUUUGCUGAAAUGAAAAAUAGAAGCCCUUCACAGGACAGGGAUCCAAGAACUUCUAAUUCCGCCGUCCAUGUGAGAAAAACAACGAAAAAAAGAACACGGGAAAACUGAAUAUCUUGCUUUGUUAGCUCCAUUCCUUGCUGGUCGUCCAACUCAAACUGAUUCUCGUACCAGAAACUGCUUUUUCUACCCAUGCCUGGUAAUCAACCCGCCGAAAUAAACAGUGUACGCGCCUACCAGCUAAAGAAAGACUGUAACCCCCCAUCGAAAAGCAGGUCGCUCCAUUAAAGAAACCCUGUGCGGAGUUAAAUGGGGUGGUGUUGCUCGUCCCUGACAGCGCUUGUGACUGGCUGGUCGUUCACCCCAGUGGAUUUCCUGAUGCACUUGUAGUCUUGGGGUCACACAGAGCGCUCCUGGAAAGGGGAUGAGAGUAACCCUGGAUUAGCCUCUUUGUGGGCACCUUCUGCCAGCAAGAGGGAGGAGGGGAUGGGGGUCCAUCCUUGUCCAUUUGUUAGAUCCCCCAUUCGGACACCUGGGCAAAAAUGGUACUGGUCUUUGUGCCCUGGGGUAGGAUGCAGAUGGGGUCACGCUUGCCGUUGGCAUAGUUGCCACAAUGCCCUGUGCUUAGCAGGGCAGACGAAACGGUAUCGGUUCGCUAAUUAGGGCGUAGCUUUUUGAAGGAGCCUGUAAAUUGAGGGUGGGGUGGGGUGGGAGAACUCAAGAAGUUAAAUGGCAAUAAUGGUUGAAGAAAAAAAAACACUAAAAUGCUUCAGUCAGGAAGAUAUGAAAACCUAGAAGUAUCAAAAUGUCAACUGCUGUGGUGAAGUCAUAAUUAACUGGUUGCAUGGUGUUAUAGGAAUUGAUCAUGUACUCUGUAAAGGGAUGCCUUAUGGCUGGGAGGGCACAGGAAAGCAUUGAAGAUCCCUCACUGGUCUUGAAGGCUCACCCCUGUACUCGUCUUUGCAGUGAAUAAAGACUGGGGAGGGUUAUAAGCAGCAUAUAAUCUUUUACUAGAAGUCUCCACUUGUCGUAGUGCAGUUGGUUCAUAAGGCUCCCCUGCAUACAUUCGACACUGCUGUAACCAAGACAGUCCUGUUAAGAAGGGACACAACAGCAAUGUUUUGCGAUUGAGAGCUGUCUCACCAGGUCUCUGCUUGAGAGAGAAUGGAUUGACGGAUACAUUGUGUGUAUGUUUUCCUUCUGCAUUUGCAGUUUGCUUUGAAAAACAAAAAUUGGCUAUUUUUUUAAACUUUUGUUUUUACGAUCUAUUUACAAAGAAAACUGAUCACUUACUGCAGUUUGGAGGACUAAAAAUGAUGCACUCUUCUGCAUCGGUUCCCAUCAGACUCUUUUCAAUUGGCUGAUCUUGGACUCCUUGUGAAGGCAGAUGAAUGUAUAUCUUUGUACAAAACCAUUUAGUUCUGAGGACGUGGUAGUUAUGAUAGACACAUGUGCAAGAUAAAAAAAGUAAGAUAACCUUUUAUAAAUCUUUUGUAUUAGAACAUUAACAAUGGUAAUUUUUGUAUAUAUGAAGACUAGGCUUUCUGAUUAGCAGAAAGGUAAAACAUUCCUACAUUUUUUUUAAAUGUAUGUUUGUCAAAAUAAUUAUGUAAACAUAUGCCCAAUGUUUUAUGUGCCUUUUAUUUGGGUUGUCUAAAUAAAAGAAAACUAUAAAACGUGA